AUGGGGGGAAGCGCAGGGGCAAAGCAGUCUGGGCAGGCGACUAGCACCAAAGCACCGGUUAGCACCAAAGCAUCGACUACUACUAGCUUCAAGGCUCCCACGAGCACCAACGCAUCGCCCAGCACCGCCAAGGCAGCGCCGCUUCUGGGCCGGCCGUCAGGCCCCUCGCGCGUUCCCGCUGUCUCCCUGCACGAGUGCCCUGUCUUCCACCCGUCGCCCGAGGAGUUCGCCGACCCCUUGCGAUUCAUCGCACGCGUUCGCCCGAUCGCAGAGCCGUGCGGCAUGUGUCGCAUAGUCCCCCCGCCCGGCUGGGAUCCGCCGUUCGCGCUGGACCGCGCCAAGUUCCGCUUCCGCACCAAGGUGCAGGCGCUCCACCAGCUGCAGCGCCGCCCCGCGCCCGCCGACCCCGCCACCUUUGCGCUCGACUACCUCCGCUUCCUCGCGGAUCUCCACCUUGCGCACCCGCCGGCGCUGCAGCGCGCACUUGCGCGCGCGGGGAUGGGGGCGGGGAAAAAGGGGGUUUCUGCGGAGGACAGGGCGUUGGUGGCGGCGGAAGCCAUGCGCGCGGGCGCGGUGGACAUCUGCGCGCUGUUCCACGCCGUGCAGCGGCGGGGAGGGUUUGCGCGCGUGAGCGAGAGCAGGGCGUGGGGGGACGUGCUGCGGUCGGUGCUGCAGGGCGGGACGGGCGGGGCGGAGGGGGAAGGGGCGGGGAAGCGGACGAGCAUGGACGCGGGGGGCCUGAAGGCGGUUUACCGGCGGUGGCGGCUGGACGAGCUGGAGGCGUGGCGAGAGGCGGGCGCGGGCAGGGCGCAGGCGGACGAUGGGCGCAACGAGGCGCACGAGGAGGCGGGGCCUGCCGCCGAUGGGAAACGAAAACGACAGGAAAAGGAGGCGGAGGGGGAGAGAGGCAGCAAGGCGCAGAAGCGGAGCGAUGGCAGCAGCAGCGGUGGGAUGAGUGCUGGCGAGGCUGGCGGCCGAUCCAGCAGCCAUUGGCGCGCAGCCAAGGCUGUGAGGUACCGGCACGGCGAGUCAGGAGGGGAGGAGGAGGGGGAGGGGGAGGGCGAUGGGGGGGAGUCAGAGGGCGGUGAUGGCUCUGACUCGGACAGUGAGGACGCGGCAGCGGAUGCGGUGUGUGAGAGGUGCAGAGGAGGGGGGCACGAGGAGCAGAUGUUGCUGUGUGACCGCUGCGACCGCGGCUGGCACCUCUUCUGCCUCUCUCCACCGCUCUCUACCGUGCCGCACGGCACGUGGUUCUGCCAGGACUGCGUGGCCCGCCCGCACGACACCUUUGGCUUCACAUCCGGCGGCAGCAUCUCCAUCGCCGCCUUGCAGCGUGCCGACCGCACGCUGCGCGAGCGGCUCUUCGGCACAAAACUGGGCGGCAAUCUCACGCCAGCACAGCUGGAGGAGGCGUUUUGGCGGGUAGUGGACGGGGCGGCAGGCCCUGUGGAGACCCUCUAUGGCAGCGAUAUCGACACCGGCGCCUGCGGCAGCGGGUUCCCCAGGAGAGGGGAACCCGUGCCGGCGCAUGCGGUGCAGAGCGGUGUGAGUGAGGCGCGGUGGCGGGAGUACGCGGGGGCGCGGUGGAACGUGAACAACAUGGCGCGGGAUGCGGCGUCGGUGCUGCGGUAUGUGGAGGACGCGAUCCCGGGGGUGAUAGUGCCGUGGCUGUACAUGGGUAUGACCAUGAGCGCCUUCUGCUGGCACUUCGAGGACCACUGCUUCUACUCCAUCAACUACCUCCACUGGGGCGAGCCAAAGCUGUGGUACGGCGUGCCGGGGCAUGCAGCAGAGGCCUUCGAGCAGGUCAUGCGGGCGGCUUUCCCAGAUCUGUUUGAGGCGCAGCCGGACCUGCUCUUCCAGCUGGUAACCAUGUUACACCCCAUGGCGCUGCAGCGCGCCGGAGUGCCCAUCUUCCGCACCGUGCAGGCCGCCCGCGAGUUUGUCGUCACCUUCCCGCGCUCCUACCAUGCUGGCUUCAACCAAGGGGUGAACUGCGCAGAAGCGGUCAACUUCGCGCCGUGCGACUGGCUGCCGUGGGGGGCGCUCAGUGUGGAGCGCUACCGGCUGUUUCGCCGCAAGUCCAUCCUCUCACACGAGGAGAUGCUGUGUGUGCUGCUCAUGAACCAGCAGCGGGGGCUGCUGGCGGGGGAGAGGCAGGUGGCGGGGGCGGAGGUGCGGAGGGUGGUGGAGGGGGAGAGGCGGGCGAGGGAAGCGGUGUGGGCGCAGGGCACAGUGAGGAGCGCACGCAUGGCGCCACAUGCACGCCCAGAUGCCAUCACCGAGGAGGAGGACAGGGAGUGCCUCAUCUGCCGCUACUACCUCUUCCUCUCCGCUGUCGUCUGCCCCUGCCGCCCUCGGGAUGCCGUGUGCCUGCAGCACGCCUGUCAGCUGUGCGACUGCCCGCCUGCGCGCCGCACGCUGCUGUACCGCCUCUCCCUGGCCGAGCUUGAAGACUUGCUGCUUGCUGCAGGGGAUGGCCGCACUGAGGGGCCACGCGAGGGGCGGGCAGGGAGUGGCAACGGGGGGAGCGAAAGUAGUGGAGAGGGGCGGAGCGAGGGGGGGAAGGGGAGUGGAGGGGAGGGGGGUGUGGGUGAUGGACGGGGGAAAGCAGCAGUGGAGGAGGUGGUGGUGAAGGCCGAGAGCAGCAGGGCAGCAGCGGGAGGCAGCAGCAGCAGCAGUGGCAAGCAAGCAGGGGAACAUGCGGGCGGGCAUGUAGGCGGGCACAGGGGCGGGCAUGUAGGCGGGCACAGGGGCGGGCAUGCGAGCAGCAGCGCCCCGCGUGCACCCAUCACGUACUCUCGCCGCGCCAGCGCUGCUUCUGUGAGCAGCCUGCCCGUGUGCGGACUCACCAGCAUUGGCAUCAAGGUGCUCACCAGGGGAUACGGGGGGGGGAGGGAUGUGAAAGAGGAAGCGAAGGGCGUUGGAGGGGGAGCAGGGGGUGGGGUUGGGGGUCAGAGUGAGGGUGGGGAUUCCGUGCAAGGCAAGGGCAGUGGUGGUGGUGGUGGUGAGGCGAAUGGCGGUGGUGGUGUUGGUGGUAGUGGUGCUGCAGUGUGUGACAGUGACACUGACCUUGCUGCCACCAUGCCAUGCCGUGACAGCCGGGCAUGUGCUGGCGUGGACCAAUCAGCACAGCCUUCUUCCGAUGAGGCGGGCAUGCGUGAGGGACAGGUGGAGGGGCGCGUGGAGGGGGGCGUUGAGAGACGCGUUGGUGUGAUUGUGAAGCAAGAAGGGGUGGAGGGUGGGAGCGGUAGUGAUGGUGUGGUGGAGUCAGCAAGCAAGGGGGACGUGGGGGAGGCGGUGUGCAAGGAACCAGGAGGAGAAGACAGAGAGAGGGGUGGAAGAGGAGUUGACGGAGAGGGAGGAGGACAAGGGGAAACAGGGCAGUGCGAGGCAGAGAGCAGUGGUGUGCGACGAAGCCGCCGCCGAGCUGCCGCCGCUGCUGCUGCUGCAGCAGAAGCGGCAGCAGCAGGUGCAGAAGAAGGUGGGGAGAGCGUGAAGGAGGAGCAGAGCAGCUAUGCUGCUGGCAUGGGUAGAGUAGGAGGGUCGGAGAAGAUUCGGGCAGGGAAGGGAGCAUAUGAUGGACUUGGGAGUGCAGAGGCGGAGAUGGCGGAGUGGAUGCGGGGCAGGGCUGCAGGGGGGAGCGGGGGAGGGGGGCACGGGGGCGAGAUGGUGCAGGCGGAGGAGUUUUUGGACAGGUGUCGGGCGGGCAGUGGCGGGGGGUGGGUGGCGCAGCAGCGGCGGGUGCGGGGGCGCAUGAUGACGCACGGCGAGUGGGCGGCGCAGUGGGCGUCGCGGGGCAAGGUGGCGCUGCGCUCACCGCCCACCGUAGAAGCAGCGGUGGCGCUGGUGCAGCAGGCGCAGGAGUUCCUGUGGGCGGGCCAUGAGGUCGAUGCCGCGCGGCGAGUGCACGACAGGGCACUGGCAGCGCUCACAUGGGCGCACGACGUGGCAGCGUGCUGCGGCCAAACGCUGCCCGCUGCUGCUGCCGCGCCACCUCUCGUUGCCUGCUCUUCCAGCCACCCGCUGCUGUCACUGCCGCCCUCUGCUUCACCCGCUGCUGCCGGGCCAAGCCACGCAGCACGAGGGGCGGGCAGCAGCGGCAGCGGAGGGGGCGGGAGGAGGAGGGGGCUGUGUGAGGUGCAGAGGCUGCUGGAGGCGGCCGCCUCGGACGUGCCCUGCAUUGAGCCGCACUAUAAGACGCUCAAGGUGCUGUACCGCGACGCCCUCGCCCUGGACCAGCGCAUUCGCCUCGCGCUGCACGCCAAGCCGCCACUCGGAGGUGCAAAGGAGCUACAGGCGCUGCAUGCAGAGGCGGCAGCAGGCACGGUGGACAUCCCUGCAGCCGCCAAGCUCAAAGACGCCCUCCUCGCCGCCCAUCACUGGGUGGAGGCGGUGCAGAGAACGGUGCCGCGGGGGAAGCCACCUCGAGCAGCGGCACAUGUCCCUCUGCCCGACCUGCACUCCCUCGCCAUGCUGCACUCGCAGGUGCUGCCUUGCCCAUCGGCCCAUCGCUGCUGCUUGCUAUGCUUCUGUGAUUGUCGUGCGCUCGAAAAUGCACGCAGUGCGCUUGAACCUCCUCCACCUGCCUCUCAAGUGUCGCCUUACUACGUUUCCCCCCCUGCCCGUUACGCUUUAUUUUUCCGCCUGGUUUCUCCCCCUAAUCUCUACUCCGGUGCGUGCUGCGGUGUGCUGUCCUCCCUCCCCUCAGGGCGAGCGCCUGCGAGUGCGCGUGGCGGAGCACGAGGUGGUGGCGGCGCUGCUGCGCGCUGCCAGGCACAUGGACGUGCAGGCUCAUGCGCUGCUGCACUCCUCGCCCACCCUGCAGGUGCUGCCUCCCCAGGUGCUGCCUCCCCAGGUGCUGCUCCCUCGGGUGCUGCCCCCCCUAUGGGGCUGCCCCUCUACACGGGCUUCCACCUGCCCACCUCGCUGCCACCUGCCCACCUCGCUGCCACCUGCCCACCUCGCUGCCACCUGCCCACCUCGCUGCCACCUGCCCACCUCGCUGCCACCUGCCCACCUCGCUGCCACCUGCCCACCUCGCUGCCACCUGCCCACCUCGCUGCCACCUGCCCACCUCGCUGCCACCUGCCCACCUCGCUGCCACCUGCCCACCUCGCUGCCAUCGCUGCCACCUGCCCACCUCGCUGCCACCUGCCCACCUCGCUGCCACCUGCCCACCUCGCUGCCACCUGCCCACCUCGCUGCCACCUGCCCACCUCGCUGCCACCUGCCCACCUCGCUGCCACCUGCCCACCUCGCUGCCACCUGCCCACCUCGCUGCCACCUGCCCACCUCGCUGCCACCUGCCCACCUCGCUGCCACCUGCCCACCUCGCUGCCACCUGCCCACCUCGCUGCCACCUGCCCACCUCGCUGCCACCUGCCCACCUCGCUGCCACCUGCCCACCUCGCUGCCACCUGCCCACCUCGCUGCCACCUGCCCACCUCGCUGCCACCUGCCCACCUCGCUGCCACCUGCCCACCUCGCUGCCACCUGCCCACCUCGCUGCCACCUGCCCACCUCGCUGCCACCUGCCCAGCCCACCUCGCUGCCACCUGCCCACCUCGCUGCCACCUGCCCACCUCGCUGCCACCUGCCCACCUCGCUGCCACCUGCCCACCUCGCUGCCACCUGCCCACCUCGCUGCCACCUGCCCACCUCGCUGCCACCUGCCCACCUCGCUGCCACCUGCCCACCUCGCUGCCACCUGCCCACCUCGCUGCCACCUGCCCACCUCGCUGCCACCUGCCCACCUCGCUGCCACCUGCCCACCUCGCUGCCACCUGCCCACCUCGCUGCCACCUGCCCACCUCGCUGCCACCUGCCCACCUCGCUGCCACCUGCCCACCUCGCUGCCACCUGCCCACCUCGCUGCCACCUGCCCACCUCGCUGCCACCUGCCCACCUCGCUGCCACCUGCCCACCUCGCUGCCACCUGCCCACCUCGCUGCCACCUGCCCACCUCGCUGCCACCUGCCCACCUCGCUGCCACCUGCCCACCUCGCUGCCACCUGCCCACCUCGCUGCCACCUGCCCACCUCGCUGCCACCUGCCCACCUCGCUGCCACCUGCCCACCUCGCUGCCACCUGCCCACCUCGCUGCCACCUGCCCACCUCGCUGCCACCUGCCCACCUCGCUGCCACCUGCCCACCUCGCUGCCACCUGCCCACCUCGCUGCCACCUGCCCACCUCGCUGCCACCUGCCCACCUCGCUGCCACCUGCCCACCUCGCUGCCACCUGCCCACCUCGCUGCCACCUGCCCACCUCGCUGCCACCUGCCCACCUCGCUGCCACCUGCCCACCUCGCUGCCACCUGCCCACCUCGCUGCCACCUGCCCACCUCGCUGCCACCUGCCCACCUCGCUGCCACCUGCCCACCUCGCUGCCACCUGCCCACCUCGCUGCCACCUGCCCACCUCGCUGCCACCUGCCCACCUCGCUGCCACCUGCCCACCUCGCUGCCACCUGCCCACCUCGCUGCCACCUGCCCACCUCGCUGCCACCUGCCCACCUCGCUGCCACCUGCCCACCUCGCUGCCACCUGCCCACCUCGCUGCCACCUGCCCACCUCGCUGCCACCUGCCCACCUCGCUGCCACCUGCCCACCUCGCUGCCACCUGCCCACCUCGCUGCCACCUGCCCACCUCGCUGCCACCUGCCCACCUCGCUGCCACCUGCCCACCUCGCUGCCACCUGCCCACCUCGCUGCCACCUGCCCACCUCGCUGCCACCUGCCCACCUCGCUGCCACCUGCCCACCUCGCUGUCACCUGCCCACCUCGCUGCCACCUGCCCACCUCGCUGCCACCUGCCCACCUCGCUGCCACCUGCCCACCUCGCUGCCACCUGCCCACCUCGCUGCCACCUGCCCACCUCGCUGCCACCUGCCCACCUCGCUGCCACCUGCCCACCUCGCUGCCACCUGCCCACCUCGCUGCCACCUGCCCACCUCGCUGCCACCUGCCCACCUCGCUGCCACCUGCCCACCUCGCUGCCACCUGCCCACCUCGCUGCCACCUGCCCACCUCGCUGCCACCUGCCCACCUCGCUGCCACCUGCCCACCUCGCUGCACCUGCCCACCUCGCUGUCACCUGCCCACCUCGCUGUCACCUGCCCACCUCGCUGUCACCUGCCCACCUCGCUGCCACCUGCCCACCUCGCUGCCACCUGCCCACCUCGCUGCCACCUGCCCACCUCGCUGCCACCUCCCCACCUCGCUGCCACCUGCCCACCUCGCUGCCACCUCCCCACCUCGCUGCCACCUGCCCACCUCGCUGUCACCUCCCCACCUCGCUGCCACCUCCCCACCUCGCUGCCACCUCCCCACCUCGCUGCCACCUCCCCACCUCGCUGCCACCUCCCCACCUCGCUGCCACCUCCCCACCUCGCUGCCACCUCCCCACCUCGCUGUCACCUCCCCACACUGCCAUGUCCACCGCGCUGCUCUCUCGUUCCCGGCAACCUGCUUUCGCGCCUUUUGUUCCGCCAGUCAGCGCUGCCUCUCCUUGCAUCUCUCCCGCUCGCCUCAUUGCCCAAACCUCCUCCCCCCUUCCUCGCCUCCCUGCCUGACAUGGACGGGUUGCUGCAGGAGGCGAGGGGCGUGGCGGUGCGGCUGCCAGCGGUGGCGCAGCUGCAGGCCCGGCGGGACGACGCACGGCGCUGGGGAGAGAGGGCACGCGCACUGCUGGCGGCACUGGGGGGCAAGGAUGGGGGGAGGGGCAAGCAGGCACACAAACAGGGGAAAAAAGAAGGGCAGGGGCAAGAGGAGGGGCAGGGGCAUGCAGGAGCAGCUAGUGUGGCAAGCAGCAAGUGUGGCCCGGGCAGCCCUCCCCCCUCCAGACUCUCUCCCCCUUCUGCUCCCCCCACCACACCUGCUCCUGCCACCCCCCUGCCUGUCACUCGCACCACCGCUGCUGCUGCUCCCUCUCCAGCAACCCCUCCUCCCACCGUUGCUGCCUGCACUCCCUCUUCCCACCACCCUGCAUCCAUCCCCACUCCGUCUGCCACAGCCCCUGCUGCGCUCACAGCUUCUGCCACUGACGCCACCCCUCUUGCUGCCCCUUGCCCUGCCGCUGUCCAAGCUACUCUGCUUCUCCCGUCGCCUUCCGCCGCUGUCCCACUUGCCACUGUCACACCCGCCACUGUCACACCCACGUCGGGCAGGCAGAGCGGGUGGAAGGAGGAGCUGGCAGCGCUGGUGGAGGCUGGCACGCGCAUGCACGUCACUCGUGAGUGGGGGUGGGGCGGUGGAGGGUGGGGCGUGGGCGAGAUGGAGCAGGUGCAGCAGCAGCUGCAGCGCAUGCAGUGGGAGGAGGCGGCGGAGGGGGCGCUCAUGCGCCGUGCAUCAGUGGACGAGCUGCUGGCGCUGGAGGCACAGGGGGAGCGGCUGCCCACGGGCAGUGCAGUGGUGGCGCGCGUGCACGCGGUGGUGGCGGCAGGCAGCGACUGGCAGGCCAGGGCGCAGAGGGCGCUGCAGGAGGGGUGCAGCCUGGAGGAGGGCGAGGCGAUGAGCAGGGAGGCGGAGGCCAUGCCAGCAUCGCUGGCAGGCCAUGCUCACCUCAUGUCAGCGCUGGCGUCAGCAAGGGCAGCAGCAGCUCGAGGCGACCAGCUGCUGCUGGCUGCCUUGCAUGCAGAGGUUGUUGCGCUGCCCGUGCGUCCACCGCACGCACCACAGCUCGCCUCGCUGCUCUCUUCUCUCGCCGCCUGGCAAUCCGCCACCUCACACGCCCUCCACACCGCCACCACCUUGCUCUCACCACCCACCACAGUCACACCGACCACAGCAGCUGCAGCACAGAGCACCCAAGCCAGCCCGGCUGCAGUGCCCAUCGCCACCGAGUCAGGCGCCACACCCCUUGCAUCAGCACCAGCUGCGCCUGCAGGCAAGCCCCCCCCGGAGCUACUGGUGCCGGCAGCAGCAGCGAGCGCCAGUGCGGCUGAGCUGUCGUCACUGCUCACCCAGGGGGCAGCGCUGGGCGUGGCGGUGCCCGAGCUGCCGGCUGUGCGCGCGCUGCUGCAGCGCCUGCACUGGGAGGUCGCCGCCCAUGCCCUGCUGUCUGGCACUGCAGAUACUGCGGUGCAGAGUGGUGGUGUGGCGCAGGACAGUGCGGUGCAGGGUGGUGGUGAGAGGCGAGGCAAGCCCAGCGUGGAGGAGGUGGAGGCACUGGUGGCGGCUUACCCACUCACUGAUGCGCUCGCCCACCCUCCACCCCACCCAACGCCAUCAGCACCACCACUACCAUCAGCAGCUCCAUCCGAGGGCCUUGCUCAGCCUGCUGCAUCCGCCCCCUCUCCGCCCCCCUCGGCGCGCCUCUCCCUGCUGCACUCAGCCCUGGCGGACGCACGGCAGUGGGUGCAGGCGGCCAAUGAGAUGCUGACACGUGGCCCUGCCAGCUGUGAGGUGCAGGAGGUGGAGGCGAUGGUGGCACGUGGCAUGGCCUUGCAGGUGUGUGUGCACGACAAGUGCCACCAGCUCAGCACCGUCAUCGCCUCCCACAGGGAGUGGGUCAGCGAGGUGCAGCAACUGCUCGCCCCACGCCUCCCUGCGCCCACCUCACCACCUCCGCUGCUGCCCCGUGCACCUGCCACAACACUUGCGCACCUCAAGGGCCUCCAGGUGCGCGGCAGCAGCAGCGUGGUGGCGAGCGGGGAGGCCCGGCAGGUGCAGCAGGCAGUGGCAGCGCUGGACGACUGGCUCGUUGCCUGCUGUGCUGCCCUCCGGGGGGGCUCAGGGGACGAGGGGGCGAGAGGGGGAGGCGAGGGGGCACAAGGGGAGGGGAGUGUGGCACCAGAGGAGGGUAAGGGGCUGCACGGGGAGGGCAAGGGGCGGGUGUGUGAGGAGGAGGUGGUGCGGAAGCUGAAGCACAUGCACAGCAGCGUGCAAGCAGCUCUUCAUCGCAUCUCCUCCCUGGCCCGCCGCACCGCUGCCCUCUCACACCUCACUGCUCUGCCGGCUCAACCCCCCUCUGCGUCAGCCAAUGCUCCUCAUCCCGCAGUGCUGGCAGGCAGUGCAGUAGGUGCCACCGCAGAUGCCGUGGCUGCCGCCGCAUCUCCCGCAGCCACGGCCCCCACAGCCACAGCACCAGCUCAUGCGCCGGCACCAGGUGUGGCACCGGCAGUAGCAGCAGCAGUGCGAGGGGCGCCAGAGGCAUCAGAGGCACCUGUACCUGCUCCGCCUGGUGCUGCUGCGGCGGCGGUUGCUGGAAGCGUCUCUUCGUCCGACACCGUUUGCUGGUGUGCGGUGCUGCACCGCGCCCACCCUGCAUGUGCUGCUUCUGCUGGUUUCUCUGGCGGCAGCGACGGGCAGGCAGUGGUUGGCGGGCAGGCGGGAGGAGGCGGUGGGGAUGUCCGGGUUCGGGGAAAGCGCAGCGGUGGGAGGAGAGCCGCUGCUGUUGUGUGCGGUGCUGUUGGGCGAGAGAGUGGUGCAGGCGGCGCAGGGAUGUCAUGGGAGAAGAGGGAAGAGAAGGCAGGAGAAGCAAGAGGCGAUAGGGAAGGGAAUAUGGGAGCAGUGCGUUUGGAGAAGGGUGAAGCAAAGGAGGAGGAGCAGAAGUUAGAGAAUGGAUAUGGAUUGAAGGGCGAAGGCAUGAAGGAUGCACUUAUAUGCGACGGAUGCAGCAUGAGAUUCUACGCCGACUCAGCGCGAGUGCAUGCUCCCUCCACUCGCUCCCUCCACUCGCUCCCUCCACUCGCUCCCUCCACUCGCUCCCUCCACUCGCUCCCUCCACUCGCUCCCUCCACUCGCUCCCUCCACUCGCUCCCUCCACUGGCUCCCUCCACUCGCUCCCUCCACUCGCUCCCUCCACUCGCUCCCUCCACUCGCUCCCUCCACUCGCUCCCUCCACUCGCUCCCUCCACUCGCUCCCUCCACUCGCUCCCUCCACUCGCUCCCUCCACUCGCUCCCUCCACUCGCUCCCUCCACUCGCUCCCUCCACUCGCUCCCUCCACUCGCUCCCUCCACUCGCUCCCUCCACUCGCUCCCUCCACUCGCUCCCUCCACUCGCUCCCUCCACUCGCUCCCUCCACUCGCUCCCUCCACUCGCUCCCUCCACUCGCUCCCUCCACUCGCUCCCUCCACUCGCUCCUCUCCACGCUUCUCCCUCCCCCUCCCCCUCGUCUCUCCCUCCCCCUCCCCCUCGUCUCUCCCUCCCCCUCCCCCUCGUCUCUCCCUCACGCCCUCCUGCUGUGCAGCCUCGGCGCCUGCCGCGCGUGUCGCUGCGGUGCUUGGAGGGCCUGCUCUCUGGUGCUCGCCCUCUCCACCCCAGGAUCGCAGCCGUGCACAGCUUGGAGCAACUCGUCCAAUCAGCAACGCGUUGCUCUCACUUGCUGACAUCAGCGCUCUCCACCACCCUGUCCUUGCCACGUCAUGCCGAACCCCUGCCUCCCUCCAUACUCAGCUGUCUGCUUCAGGUGGCCUCCUGGCUUCCACUCCACAUGCCACUUGCCUCUCCGCCAUCGCUCUCCUCCACUGCCCCUGCUGCCACACCAGCGGGACCAGAUUCAAUUGCAGCGCAGGCAGCAGAGCCUCUUGUCUCGUGGCUGCUGCACGUGAAUGCAGUUCUCUCACCGCCCACACGCCAGCAGCAGCAGCAGCAUCUGGUGCAAGGGGAUCACACGAAGCAUGUCACCGGCACUGCAGCUGCUGCCGCGGCAGCGACUGUGGGAGUGGUGGGUGGAGGGCAAGAGGAGGUGCAGCAGUGGGCAGGGCAGAGCUCCAAGGAUGGUGGAGGAGGGCCAACAGUGCCGACAGGCCCAGCGGCAGCGGCGGUGUCGGAGGCACGGACAGGCUGCUCUGUUGAGGCGGGCGGCACGCUGGCGGUGAUGCAGAGGGCAGUGGCCGCCCACUGCUGGAGGGCUGCCACGUGUAGCGCUCUCAUUGGCCGCCCACGGCCCCGACCUUCCACCCUGGCACAGCUGGUGCAGACGGGCUCGCACACAGUAGGCACAACUGAUGCCGUUCUCGGGGAAGCCAAACAGCGACACGAGGCAGCUUCUGAGUGGCUGUCUUGCUUCAGCAAGGCACUCUCAUCUCAGUCACAGCUGUCAGAGCGCCAGGCCGCUCAGCGUCUGUCACAUCUGCGCGCGCUCAUCAGCCACGCCUCUGCCCUGCCUGUGGACCUGCGCCCAGAGAUCAAGAGCCUGCGCCGCGCUGUGGCCCGCCUGGCAUCGCGCCUCAAGGCUGAUACCGCUGCAACUACUCCUCCUGCCACUCAAUCGCCUCCUCCCACCGCACCACCCACUGCAUCGCUGCUCACCGCACCCUCUCCCGCACGCACAGCGACGCCUCUGGCUGUAGCAAAAACUGCAGCGCCGUCAGGCAAAGCAGCUGCGACAGCACGUGGGGGAAUCGGCACCGCAGGUGCUGCCUCGGAACUGAAGGCGUCCGGGCUGAAAGGCUCUCGCAGUGCCAAGCGGAAGCUGGCAGCAGGCGGGGAAGGCAAGGCAGUGCGUGUGGGUAAGAGGAGAGCAGGAGCAGUGGCUGUUGGGGGUGCAGCAGAAGCGAGUGUGAGUGUUGCUCCCAGGGCUGCGUGCAGUGUGGCGACCAGUGGUACUGCCUCCGCUGCCACCGCUAUCGCUGCUGCUACCACUACCACAGUUGCCUCAGCUGGCGCUGGUGCCACGGCCGCAGCCACCAAGGGCAAGAGGAGCCCUCGCGCCCUGCACGCAGUGGCCCUGCAAGGAGGCAGCUGCAUGGCCGUGCCUGCUUGUGCUACAACCUGCCCCCGUGGCCCGACUGUAACAUACGAGCCUGCCCCCGCCUCCUGCAUCGCCUCACCGCUUCUGCCUGCCUGCUCCUCCCUUCCUCAACCCACCGAUCCAUCCCACAUGGCCUCUCGCCCUCUCUCCCCUUCACUCCCUGCCCCCCCGGCCACCUCCCCUGCUGCUGCUCCUCUGCCUGCACCGCUGGCAUCGGCAGCUGCCUGCCCGCCUGCCCCAGGGGGUGAGGCAGGGGCAGGCGUGAGAGUGAGUGGGAAGAGGAGCAGGUCCGUGAGGAAGAGGAGGAGAGAGGGAGGGGAGGGGAGUGGUGGGGGAGGCGGUGAGGUGAGGGCGGGAGACAGCAGCGAUGGCGAUGGCGAUGGGGAUGGGUGUGCUGGCAGUGCGGGAAGUGCUGGUGGGCCCGCUCUCUCCUUCCCGGUCCUCAAGAAGCGGCGCAGCGACCGACCCAAGGCAGGUGCUGUCAGCACGGCCGAGCCACCUUCAGCUCUUGCUGCCACACACCCUCCUGCUCCUCCCAACGCACCUGCUCACUGCGCUGUUGGCUCCACUGCUGCAGCAGCUGCUGCUGGCACAGCAGCUGGCACUGCUGCCUGCUCUGUUGGUACCACUGUCCCCUCUACUGGUAUGACUGCCAGCUCGACCGCCAAGGUUGCCAGCUCAGCAGCCAAGGUUGCUAGCUCAGCAGAAAAGGCUUGCUGCCUAGAAGGGAAGGGUGGUGAGGGUCAGAGGAGGAAAGGCAGGGGAGAUAGCCAAGAUAGUGGAGACAGGGUGCGGGCGAUUGAGAGUGCCAUGCCAGCCACACGCACAGCAGGCCAGGGGAAGAUGAGCCCUCGGCCACAUGAAAGCGCAACAGCAGCGGCAGCAGAGGGUGUGACAGUUGGCAGUGCGUGGCAGCAUGGCAGAGCGAGUGAGAGUGAGAGUUUGGGGCGAGAGGGUGCAGCAGGUGGUGCAGAAGGUGGGAGCAGGGGAGGCGGGGUGGUGGAGGGAGGGGCGGGUGGAGGAAGGCGGUCGGCUUUUGAGUCGACUCAAAAGUCAACUCGCGGGGUGGUGGAGGGAGGGGCGGGUGGAGGAAGGCGGUCGGCUUUUGAGUCGACUCAAAAGUCAACUCGCGGGGUGGUGGAGGGAGGGGCGGGUGGAGGAAGGCGGUCGGCUUUUGAGUCGACUCAAAAGUCAACUCGCGGGGUGGUGGAGGGAGGGGUGGGUGGAGGAAGGCGGUCGGAGAUCCGACGGAUGCUCAAGGGGAAGGCGGUCAAGGUGAAGAUCGGGCCGAGUGAAAUGAAAGCCAUCGCUGGGGUUGGAAAGGAGCUUGCGAAGUAUUCUAAGAAGGAAUGGGAUAGGAUGGUGAAAGACAAAAAGAAGCAAGCGGAAAAGCUGGAGAAAGGGUGGGAGGAUACCAAGAAGGCAGCGAAUGAGGUGAAGCAGGGGUUUGAGAAGGUUGGGGAAGGUGCCAGGAAGGCAGCGGACGACGUGAAGCAAGGGUUCGAGAAGGCCACAAACUUCUUUGGAAAUCUCGGACGCAAGUAG